AAGGCACAAAAAUUUGUUGAGAGAGGGUAAUUCAUGACAUAGUGGAAUAGCUUCACUUUGCUCUGACCAACAUUUACUUUGGAGACCAUGCCGCAUGGUAUUUGCUACUAUCUUCUAUCUUCUUGGUAAGGAGAGACACUACACAAACUCCAUCCAUGGCUGGAAAUACUGUCCUGCCUAUCAGUUUCUUCAAGAUCAUUCUCAAAACUAAUCUUCAAAGCCUUAAAUUACCUAAAAAGUUCACAGAGAAAUAUGGUGGUGCUUUGUCUAAUCCAGUGCUUUUGAAGCCUCCAGAUGGAACUGAUUGGAAAGUUUAUUGGACAAAACAGAAUGGUGAGGUUUGGUUUCAAAAGGGUUGGAAUGAAUUUGCUCAAAAUUACUCUCUAGAUCAUGGGCAUCUGGUGGUGUUUAAAUAUGGAGGGACUCCACAUUUUGAUGUGCUCAUACUUGAUCAAAGUGCCUUAGAAAUACACUAUCCUUCUUGUGACUUUGACCAGAGUGAUGAUGACUGGCCAGAUCAGAAGCCUAAGCAAAAGUUACCAAUACUUUCUCCUCCACCAUAUAAGAAUGACAGAGGUGAGAAUAGUGCUGCUCAAAGAAGUUCAUUAUCUUUGAAUUGGCCAAGGGGAGCUAGAGCGCAGGAAGUAGCUGCUGCAUUCAUCUCAAAUAAUCCUUUUUUCACUGUUACCAUAAAUCCUAUUAAUCUUGCUGGAAGUCGGCUGUAUGUACCAGGUUUAGAAGGUUAUGUCGAGAAUAUUGAGAAGGUUGUGAAGCUGCAGAUUGGGGAAAGAUCAUGGAAUGUGAAGUUGCUCCGUCUUCGCCUAACUUCAGGUCGCCGCUUCUGUGCUGGUUGGUCCUUGUUUGCAAAGGAAAGUGGAUUGCAAACCGGAGACGUUUGUGUCUUUGAAUUCAUCAACAGAGAAGAACCAGUUUUUGAAGUUCAUAUUUCCAAAAGCCACAGUUGAUUUAUCGACUUGGAGCUGUUGCUUUUUGUAAAAAUUAGAAGAUGGAACAAUUUCCAUUCCUUUGAAUGGGUGACCUUUGGUUAGUUUUACUUAUAGUUGACUUUGAAAUACUGGAAGGCAAAUCCUAUGGUCUAUGAUUA